ACUGAUGGUGCAACUGAUAUCUGUUUUAUCAACGAAGAUAACAAUGCGAGGUUAAUCAUUUUGUAAUGAUACAAUAAACAAAGAAUAAUCAAAUGAAGUGAUAUCGCCAAAAAUAAAUUCUGACGCUUUAAUUAAAAAUAUAAAAGAUAAAAUAAUACGAAUACACUUUGUAUGUAAAGUUUGAGCUUAAAGCACAGUUCAGCUUGAAAUGACGUGUGAAGACAAACAAGCGACAAUGAAACUGCCUAUCUCAUUGGAUUUGUCAAAGGAAGAAUUGGAGGAAUUGGUAGAUAAAGCGAAGGAUUGGGCACUCAUGAAUGGGAUGUGCACGAGGUCGAAAAGAAAUUUUGACAGAGACGUCUUACAAUUCGCACCGUUCGCACUUUUUCCAUCGCCGUUUCCUCGAGAAGAAUUUUAUAACGCUUGCGAUAUUCAAAUCAUUUUGAAUGUACUCAUACACAAAGUAGCUUACGAUUACGAAUUUUUGAAAGAUACUUUACGAGAGACGAUAAAGGUGGACGAGUUUACUAAAAACUUGUUUAAGAUCUAUGAAACUGUUCACAAAGAAGGAGCUGUUCAGAAAAUAUCUCUCGGUAUGCUACGCUCAGAUUUGAUGUUAGACACAAGUUGCUUCGAGGAAGAUACUGAAACAUUCAAGUCUCAUUGCUGCUGGAAGCAAGUUGAGAUAAAUACGAUUGCUUCUGGAUUUGGCUGGCUAGGACCUGUAUCUAGGCAAUUACACAAGUUUAUCUUGCAAGAGCUUAGCUAUACAUCAGAGUUGAAAAAUCUUCCUGAAAAUAACGCACUGCAAGCAUUAUGUUCAGGCUUAAUACAGGCUUGGCAUUUAUAUAAUAAUUCACAAGCAGUCAUUUUAUUUGUUGUCGAAGACAUAACAUAUAAUAUUUGCGAUCAACGUUUCCACGAAUACGAAAUACGAAAGCAGAAUCCGAAUAUAAAAGUGAUUCGCAGAAGUUUAACGCAAUUGGCAGCUGCUGCAAAACUAGGUUCUCAUAUGGAACUGAUAGUUAAUAAUCAUGUUGUGGCAGUAGUUUACUAUAGAUCUGGCUACGAGCCCGGUCAAUACCACACUGAAAAAGAAUGGGAUGUGAGGUUGCUGAUUGAGAGGUCAUUGGCAAUCAAAUGUCCGAGCAUUCAAUAUCAUUUAGCUGGCACAAAGAAGGUUCAACAAAUUCUCGCAAAGCCCGGUAUGGUAGCUCGUUUCUUAAAGGAUGAGAAGAUGAUGACAAAAGUUAAAAAAGUGUUCACUGGCCUUUAUCCUCUGGACUUUGACGAACAUGGGGAUGCUGCUGUAAAAAUGGGUAUCUCGAAUCCUCAGCGUUUUGUAUUAAAGCCGCAGAGAGAAGGCGGUAAUAAUAAUCUAUAUGGAAUGGAUAUCAAAGAUUUCCUAGAAUCUGUGAAAUCUGAGCGGGAUCGAGUAGCUUGGAUUCUUAUGGAUCGAAUUUAUCCACCAGUGCACAGAAACUACAUUGUGAAAUAUGGAAACGGCAUGGAUUUUGAGACAAAAGAGUUGGUUUCGGAGUUAGGCAUAUUCGGUGUAAUCAUUGGAGAUGAUAAAAAUAUUAUUGUUAACAAACAAGCUGGUCAUAUGUUAAGAACGAAAUUAUCCACCGAUAACGAAGGCGGCGUAUCGUCCGGGCGAGGUGUUUGCGACAGCCCAUUUUUAAUCGACUGACAGCGCAAUAUAAAUUGCACUGUAAAAAUUAUAUUAUGUGUUCCGCAGUUAUCUUACAGUAUCAUUCGCUUUUCAUUAUCUCUUGUAGCAAUACUUCAAUAAGUUUGAUAUUCAUGAAAAUUAAAAUUUUUUUAAUAUGCAUUUAUAUCUGUAUGCAUUUAUAUCUGUAUGCACAAUGAAAAUAUAUGUAAAAAUAUAUUGAUUAAA